AUGUCAGCAACAGCAACGGACGCUGCAGCAGCAGCUGCAGAAACAGUAACAGUCGCAGCAGCUCCAGCAGCUGCAGAAACAGUAACAGCAACAGUCGCAGCAGCUCCAGCAGCUGCAGAAACAGUAACAGCAACAGUCGCAGCAGCUCCAGCAGCUGCAGAAACAGUAACAGCAACAGUCGCAGCAGCUCCAGCAGCUGCAGAAACAGUAACAGCAACAGUCGCAGCAGCUGCAGAAACAAUAGCAUCGUUGAACACGUCUUGCGUGGACGUGCGUGUCGUGCUGGCGGUGAGGCAGCUGACGUCGGAGAGGACAUGCUGGGAAUAUACAUUGGUAUAUAAAGGCAGCAGAGCCCGAGACGGUCCAGUGACUGCAGUUUUGGCCGCCAUGUUGUUCCUCAUACUGCUGGCCCUCCUGGGCUCCACCUCUGCUAAUCGACUCGCGACGUCUGGUUCGGAUCUGACCUACGGAGGGCAGAAGGUGUUCCUGAACGGUGUCAACAUCGCCUGGAACAACUACGGCUACGACUUCGGCAACGGCGGGUACGACGGUACUCUGGAGACCUGGGUGCGGGAGAUUGGCGGCGCCGGUGGCAACUCCAUCCGGGUGUGGGUGCACGUUGAGGGCUACAGCACUCCGGCCUUCGACAGCGACGGCUACGUCACCUCCUGCGACACAUCUGGGCAGUUCGAAGGGGACGUCCUCAAGCUGCUCAACGCUGGCCAGCAGAAUGGCGUCUUGGUGACCCUGGUCCUAUGGAACGGUGCUUAUCUCACCAACCAGAAUGCCAUUAAUCUGAUUUGGGAUGACAGCAAACUCGAGUCCUACAUAUCAAACUGCCUUAAUUCUCUGAUGAACACAAUCAAGGGGCAUCCCGCCUUGGCAGCGAUUGAGGCGGUCAACGAACCUGAAGGCUCAGUUCAGGUGGCAAGUGAUGGUAACUGGUGCUAUGACACCACCACCAUCGGCCAAUCAGGCGCAGGCUGGACCGGCAAGAACAUUCCCAUGCAGAGAUUCCUCAAAUUCAUCGGUCGCCAGAACCAGGCCGUCCGUUCCAUAGACUCGGCGACCCUCGUCACCAUUGGCUCCUGGGGUCAGUUCGCCCAGAAUGACGCUUACUCCAACUCCCACAAUCACUACACGGAUUCCUGCCUGAACGGGGCGGCCGGUGGCUCUAACGCACAACUCAGCUUCUACCAGAUGCACACCUAUGACUGGGGCGGCAGCUGGAGCCCUGAUGCUCCCUUCACUGUGUCUGCGUCUAACUACAACCUGGACAAGCCCAUAGUGAUUGGUGAGUUUGCGUCAGUCUGUGCUGCCGGCACCUCGCUGCCAGACCUCUACGAAUACGCCUAUACCCACGGCUACACUGGUGCAUGGACCUGGCACUAUGUUGCUACGGGUGACUGCAGUGACAGUCGCGACGCCCAGAGACAGGCACUAGGCCACCUGUCCGGUCGAACUGACCACGGCACCGUCGACUUCACCGUCCAGUAACUGCCAAACAUCAUUCCUGUCAUGCCAGCAGAAGAUGACCGAGAUUCGUGUAAACUUAGAAUGAAACUUAAGACCACCUUUGAUCUUUUAACUUUAUGGAAAUCCAAAUAUGACCAAGUUUUCAAGUUUUUUGUUUUAAACCCAAAUGGCGCCAUAGUAAUGCAUCCUAUCUCAAAGCCGGGAUCAACACCUUUUUCCUGAUAAUAUUUUUAUAUGAUCAUUUACAUCAUUUUCUAUGAGGGAAUUUUUAAUUGUCUUUUAAAUAUAUUAAAUAUAUAGUAAUAAG